GCUUUAACCCAGCGAAGUUCUGCGCUGCGGUUUAAUCCCCGGGCAUCUUCUCUUCGCCGGAGAAAGCGGAGCGACGCCGGACUGAAGCCGUUUUCGGUGCCGGGCGAGCGAAUCCAGAGCAGGUCGGAGGUCCGCGCCUCGAUUUCCCCCGUUUUUUUUCCCCAACGUGGGCUGUGGCUUAUUGAGGACGAUGAAGUCGGUAUUGAUCGGAAGCAAAAACAUGGUCUCUGUCCCAGAAAUCCUGAUCGGCACUACUGUUUUCUGUCUCCUGCUGCUCCUCUUCAGAAUUCGGCAACGGAUCCCACCAGGAUUAAGGAAGCUACGAGGGCCGAGGGGGUAUCCCUUGAUUGGAAAUAUCUUAGACCUGGGAAAAAAUCCUCAUCUGUCGUUGACCCAGAUGAGCCAGAAGUAUGGAGAUGUCAUGUUAAUCCAUCUUGGCGCAAAGCCAGUGGUGGUGCUGAGCGGGCUGGAAACCAUCAAGCAAGCCCUAGUGAAGCAAGGGAGCGACUUUAGUGGACGUCCAGAUCUCCACAGCUUCAAGUUCAUUGGUGAUGGUCAGACCUUCACCUUUGGGAGGAAUUCUGAGGAAAGCUGGCGCACUCGCCGAAAGCUGGCCCAGAAUGCGCUCAAGACCUUUGCGACCUCAACAAGCCCAAACUCGUCGACUUGCCUGCUGGAGGAGCACAUCUCCAAAGAGGCAGAGUACCUGGUCAUGAAAUUCCAAGAUCUGAUGAGAGAGAAGGAGAGUUUUGAGCCCUUCCAGUAUAUAGUGAUCUCCGUAGUCAACGUCAUCUGUGCCAUGUGCUUUGGGAAGCGUUACAACCACGAGGACCAAGAACUUCUGAAGAUAGUGGACAUGAACAAUGAUUUUGGGCUGGUGGCCUCAUCUGGAAAUCCAUCGGAUUUCUUCCCAAUCCUCCAAUAUCUUCCCAGUCGCAGCAUGGAAGUCUUCAAAGAUCUGAACCGGCGAUUCAACAUGCUGGUGGAGAAGCUGGUUAAAGAACACUAUGAGGCCUUUGACAAGGACAACAUCCGAGAUAUCACGGACUCCCUCAUCAGCUUCUGCCAGGAUAAAAAAAUGAACUUAAAUGGCAACAAUGCACUCAAGGAUCAGAACAUUGUUGGUAUCGUCAACGAACUCUUUGGAGCGGGAUUUGAUACGGUCACUACUGCUCUCUCCUGGUGCCUUCUGUAUCUGGUGACUUACCCAGAAACCCAGAGGAGAAUUCAAGAAGAACUAGACCAAAUCAUUGGAAGAGAAAGGACACCCAAACAAUCUGACCGUGCCAUGCUCCCUUACUCUGAAGCUUUUAUCUACGAGAUGUUCAGGCAUUCGUCCUUCAUUCCCUUCACAAUCCCGCACUGCACCACUAGGGACACAGUUCUGAAUGGCUUCUAUAUUCCUAGAGAUGUUUGUGUGUUUGUGAACCAAUGGCAAGUCAACCACGAUCCGAAACUUUGGAAUGAGCCUUCUGUUUUCAACCCGGAACGAUUUCUUGCGACUGACGGGACAGGAAUCAACCGAGCAGAGUGUGAAAAAGUGAUGGUUUUUGGCUUGGGCAAAAGGCAAUGCAUUGGACAGAACAUUGCAAAAUGGGAGGUGUUCCUGUUUCUGACCACUUUGGUGCAAAAACUGGAAUUCACCCUGUCUGGCACAGAGAUGAUGGAUCCAACUCCCGAGUAUGGCCUGACGAUGAAGUAUAAGAAAUGUGAACACUUCCGGGUCAAAUCCCGUUUCUAGCAAGGGAGAGCUGGAAAGAGUGGAGGGUGACCUCUGUCCAAGAAGGGGGGCAAGGGAUUACUUAACCGAUAGGAUUUAUUGCUUGGUUUGAUGUGGCUCAGCUGCCCACAACGAUGUUACUAGCUUGCUGCAAAGAAAAAUGGGGGAUUUAUAUCUCGUGUGUGUGUGUGUGUGUGAUUUCAUGAGAUCUUUUAUUAACACAGAAUAUCCUUUGAAUUGUCUCGGAGCCUAAGCUGAUCUAAAGAGGCACUUCAUUCGAAUCCGCGAAUAAUCCUGUGAUGUGGGUGGCUAGAUAGUCCACACUGAGUGAAAGUGUUUUUCCAGCAUGGAGUUAUAACAAUAAUAGUAAUAAAGUUGGAAGGGACCUUGGAGGUCAUCUAGUCCAACUACCUGCUCAGGUAGGAAACCCUACACCAUUUCAGACAAAUGGCUGUCCAGCCUUUUUUUAAAAAA